AUGGAAGAAGGUUCAGAUAAUAAGUGGGAAUGGAGAAGAACAAGAACAACGUUAAUGGAGGAGCUGAAGAAGAUGAGUAGUAUAGCAGGACCAAUGGUGGCAACGACCGUGCUGCAAUAUCUUCUGCAAGUGGUUUCAGUGAUGAUGGUUGGACAUCUUAAUCAGCUCUCUCUUUCAAGUGUUGCCAUUGCUACAUCUCUCACUAAUGUUUCUGGAUUUAGUAUUCUGUCAGGGAUGGCUGGUGGCUUAGAAACUUUAUGUGGGCAAGCUUAUGGUGCUGGACAAUUUGAAAAAUUUGGAAUGUACACAUACACUGCCGUAAUAUCCCUUACUAUGGUUUGUGCACCAAUAACUAUUAUAUGGAUUUUCAUGGACAAAAUCUUAAUUCUCAUAGGCCAAGACACCACAAUCUCCCUUGAAGCUCGAACGUACGCACUUUGGUUAAUACCUGCCUUAUUUGCCUCUGCAAUUCUCAAACCUCUAACACGUUUUUUCCAAACACAAAGUUUAAUUUUCCCAAUGAUAAUCAGCUCCUUUCUAGUUUUGUGUUUCCAUGUAGUUACUUGUUGGGCUUUAGUAUUUAAAUUGGGCUUAGGACAUAUUGGUGCUGCAAUUUCCUUUAGCUUAGGAACUUGGUUGAACGUGUUGAUACUUUUGUGUUUUGUCAAAUAUUCAUAUGCUUGUGAGAAAACACGAGUUUCGUUUUCCACAAAGGCUUUCAUUGGUGUUAGAGAGUUUUUUGGUCUUGCUGUUCCUUCUGCAGCUAUGGUCUGUCUCAAAUGGUGGGCAUGUGAGUUGCUUGUUUUGCUGGCUGGACUUUUUCAAGAUCCGAAGUUGGAGACAUCGGUUCUUUCUAUAUGCUUGACAAUAUCUACAUUGCACUUCACCAUAUCCUACGGCCUUGGGGCUGCUACUAGCACACGAGUUUCAAAUGAAUUAGGAGCUGGAAAUCCAAAAGCAGUUCGUUUUUCGGUUUGUACAGCAACAAUCCUUGCAAUUUCAGAGGCUCUUAUUGUAACCGCAAUCCUAUUAGGUUGCAGACAUAUCUUAGGUUAUGCUUACACCAAUGAUAGUAUGGUUGUUCAUUAUGUGGCUGUUAUGACCCCUUUGUUAUGUGCAUCGAUUUUUACGGAUAGUUUGCAAGCAGUUCUUUCAGGGGUUGCUAGAGGAAGUGGGUGGCAACAUGUUGGAGCCUAUGUGAAUCUUGGGGCUUUUUAUCUAGUAGGAGUUCCUAUUGGUGUAGUGUUAGGCUUUGUUGCACAUUUCAGAGCAAAAGGCCUUUGGAUUGGAAUAGUUUCUGGCUCAAUUGUCCAAACAGUUUUCCUUUUCAUUAUUACUGCUCUUACAAAUUGGAAAAAACAGGCAAUGAUGGCUAGAAAGAGAAUAUUUGAUGACUCUUCUUCUGAUGAAUGUAUAACAGAUCAGAAGACCAGUGUAUAA